AUGGUGCAGGCUAUAGCUUCAAUGUUUGCUGUUACAAAUAUAAUACAUGAAACUUGCAUAAGGCACCUCCCGGGUUGGGGACCUGGAGACAGAAGCGACAUAGUUAUGAGAGGAGCAGCUUUCCCCAAUAACAUGCAAUCUAAAACAUAUCAUCUGAAAAGAGCUGGCACAGCUAUACUAGUGCCAAGGCCUGGAGAUUUUCUGACCUAA